UUGCGACUUGUUAUGAAAGGUUUCACGUGCCGUCCUGCUUGCAUAGAGAGAACCCUUACGACAAGCCUGACGUCAUCUGUACCCCAACCAGCUGAAGCCAAGUGUCCGUUCUAUCACCGUCACCAAGAGUCUGCCGAAGCUGUGUCGUGCUCCGUAGACUUUCCCUCAGAAAAACCUUACGAAGCCAUUCCAUCACCCAAGGGACUGCCCUUGAUGGGGACAACGUUUGAACUCUUGUCUAGCGGGGGUGCUCCGAAGAUCCAUGAAUACUGUGACAAACGACAUAAAGAGUUAGGCUGUAUCUAUCGCGAGAAACUAGGGUCUGUUGAAGCUGUUUUCGUAGCAGACAGCGAAUUGAUUCAAAGCAUUUAUCAAAACGAGGGCCGCUACCCAAUGCACUUGGUCCCCGAACCUUGGCUGAUCUAUAAUGAAACCAAAGGAAUUCAGCGGGGGUUGUUUUUCAUUGGACUCUGUUUUGAUGACAAUAAUACAAUGUCUUUGAAUAGGGACGGUCCCCAAUGGAAUGAACGGCGCAAGAGCCUCAACAAAGUGUUCCGUCAACAAACAGUCUCAGCUUACGCCAAGGUGUUCAAUGAAGUGAUCAAUGAUUUACUUCAGAGGUGGAGAAAAGUACGUCGUGAAGAUGUGGAGUUAAUAGACCUGGAGAGGGAACUUUAUAGCUGGUCCAUUGACUCCUUAGGAACGAUGAUUUUCGGGCAGCGAUUGGGAUGUGUGACGUCUGACAGUAAAAUCGAGAAUAUUUAUGAAUUCGUGCAGUGUGUUCAGCAAAUCUUUACAGAGUCUGCGCAUAUGACUGUUAUUCCCCCUCGUCUGGCCUACGUUCUAAAGUUACCGGUGUGGAAGAGGUUUGUUAAAGCAGCUGACCGGGCCUUACAUCUAGCGAAAACUUAUGUAGAUGUUAACGUCAAAGAUAUCCUCUCUAAGGCUGAGGUAGGAGAGCCGGUAGAGGGCGUUCUUAGUCAGUUACUCCUGGAAGACAAAAUAGACAAAGAGGAAAUAGUAAGAAUUGUUACAGACCUAUUUCUUGCUGCUGCGGAUACGACAUCACAUGCCACCCAGUGGACUCUUUAUAUGUUGGCGAAAUACCCUGAGUGCCAGAAAAAGGUAGUCGACGAAGUUAAUCGGGUAAUAUCUCCUGGGCAGAAUAUCCAGGAAGUUCAUCUUCAACAUCUUCCCUAUCUAAAAGCUGUAAUUAAAGAAGCUCUUCGGCUAUAUCCAGUUGCUCCCUUUUUGACACGAAUCUUGCCACAAGACAUUGUUCUUAAUGGAUACAGAGUACCAGCUGGGAAACUGAUACUGAUGUCACUGUACACAACCGGAAGAGAUCCUAAAUAUUUCCCAAAUCCAGAUCAUUUUAAACCCGACAGGUGGUUGAGAAUUCGGGACACUCGUGACAUCAUCAGUACUUUUGCAUUCUUACCUUUCGGUUUUGGUAUCCGGUCCUGUAUUGGCCGCCGGGUGGCAGAGAUGCAGAUGCAGUUUUUGUUAGCGAGAACGGUUCAGGCAUUCCAUUUGGUUUCUGCUAACACAAGAGAUGUAAAUAUUACCAUGAGAAUGAUCACGACUCCGGAUGAACCAAUCAGAUUACGUUUAGAGGAUCGUGUUAAAUGAAUCAUCUAUGCAGAAACCCGUACAGACUGAAAGUCUUUGUGAGACUUCGAUUAACAUCAGUAUUUUAAAUAACGACGGCCAGUGGAUGUUUGAGUCAUGUUAAGCUGACAUUAAAGGACAGCAGAUUGCUUUCAAGCAGCUUUUUCAGUGCAAUCAUUAUUGUUUUUAGUUCAAUGUAAUAAAAGUAAAAAAAAAAACAAACAACAUAAAACAUCAGGAGUUUUUAAAGAAUUCCAGUUGUAGUGAACUCAAAUUUUUGCUGUUGGAGUGAACCUAUAUUUUGGCUGUUGCUGUAAACCCGUGUUUUUCUUGUUCAAGUGAACCCAUGUUUUUAUUAUUAAAGACACAAAACAUGAUGAAGCAAACCACCAGGAAUCUGAAAUACGAGCGGCUGGAUUUUCAGGCGAUAAAAAAAGAGAUGGAAAGUGUUUGCGUAAAGGUUAAGAAGUUGAAAUAUGAGAGAAAAUGUGAUAAAACUGUAAGAAGUAAAGAAGAAACAUUUUUAUUGAACUAUUAAACUGGUAAUACUACAACCAUAUAAACACCUUUAUACAAUUUGGUUGAAUAACAAUCAUUACCUAUCAUUGUAAGUAUAAGGCUAAGUUAGAGCGGUGAAGGAAUUAUUAAAUAUUCUUAAAUUAUAUCGCUUAUUGUUAUUCUGUUAACCUAACUUAGGUUUCUGUAAA